CGGGCCUGAUGAGAGUGAGAGCGGAGCUUCGCGAGCUCACAUUGAGUCUGCGCGAGCGCCUUCACUUUCUCCUGCUGCUCAACGAAAAUAUCGCAUUUAUUUACAUAGAAUUCACAGUGAAAACGGCCAGACUUCAAAAUCAGCAUCUGAACAACAUUUUUAAGCGUUUUCCUUUGUUUUUCCCCCGUUUCCGGACUACAGGACAUGGAUAGAUGGAAAAGUUUCGCUGUUUUUGGUGUCUGUGAGGGAGUUUGAUUCGGGCGAUGAGUCCCGUGAAGAGAUUUUACACAUUUGACUGGAAAACACUUAUUUACUGCGUUCGUCUAUACAAUUAAGCACUUAUUAAACUCAGCCAGUGGAGAUAUGACUAUAGAAGCUGAUCUCUCUUCCCCACACACGCAAACAUGCUGGAAGUGCUGUUGAGCUGUGACGGCAGUGUGUGUCGGCAAGACGAGCAGAACUGUUGAUGGCUGGAUGUAGGGGUCCAAUGGUGUGUUAAAGGCGCCAUGGGGAGCUGUUGUAGCUGUCCCGAUAAAGAGAUCAUCCCUGACAACCAUCACAACAAAUUCAAGGUGAUAAACGUGGAUGAUGAUGGUAAUGAGCUGGGCUCGGGCGUGAUGGAGUUAACGGAGGAAGAGCUCAUUCUGCACACGCGCAAACGAGACGCCGUUAAGUGGCCCUACCUCUGCCUGCGUCGCUAUGGAUACGACUCCAACCUCUUCUCCUUCGAGAGCGGCCGGCGCUGCCAAACCGGUCAAGGGAUAUUUGCGUUCAAGUGUGCACGGGCCGAGGAGAUCUUUAAUAUGCUGCAGGACAUCAUGCACAACAACAGCAUCAGUGUUGUGGAGGAACCAGUGCUGGAGCCUGAGCUUCCAGUGACGCCACACACUCCCACCACUCCAGGUUACUCUGUCCCAACAGUAGCCAAUGGAAUUGGCCGUUACCCGUCAUUUGGCGACGCCUCCUCACGCCCUUCGAGUCGUCAUCCUUCAGUGGGCAGCACUAGGUUACCAUCAGUAGGAGAGGAAUCAACACACCCACUGCUGCUCAAUGAUGAAACGGUGCACACUUACGUCAACACGACGGGACUACAAGAGGAACGGCGCUGUCGUAGCAGUGGCCACGCCCCUCUGGAGCUCCGGACGUCCAAUCCAGAAAGCGCACACCCAGCGUCGUCAAAUGAGAUUGAGCCGCACGUGGUUUUGGAGUCAGAGGGUGUAAAGUUUGUUUUAGGCCCUACGCCUGUCCAGAGACAGAUGCUACUCAAGGAGAGACAGCAAGAGGUCAGCGAUCAGGACACAGGAGUGGCCAGCUCUAGUACAGAUAACGCCACUUCUCCUGGAAAGACUGUGAAUGGCAGCACGGGCCCUGCGACAGACUGUGACACCGGUUACGAUAGCGACGAGCGCAAGGAGACGCCCCACGAUCAGCAAAAUGGUGUGGCAGCACCCGUCAGCUCCGGAGCGAGACGCAACAGACCUCCUGUUCCGCUUCCUGACGCCCACAACGCCAACAACUCAGCCCAACGGCGGACUGCGCUGCUCAACUACGAGAACCUGCCGGCGCUGCCGCCCGUGUGGGAGACCCGCAAACCCAACAGCGAAGCAGAGGAUGAGGACGAUCUGAAGUCACCCUCUUUGAAUGGCUUCCAUUCCCUCGAUCCCCAGCACAACUACGUCAACACGGAGAACGUCACGGUGCCACUCAGCGCACACAAAAUCCACUGCUCCAGCACUCAGCCCACCGUAUUCAACUUCGACCUCCGAAGGCUCGGGGUGGGCGACCCGCUCCGGCAGCUCAACUAUAUUGAGGUAGAGAUGGACAAAGUGUCGGACUCCAGCGGGCCUCACACCCCGAAAACACCCACCACGCCCUUACCGCCCACCCCCACGCGCCGGACAGAGCUGUACGCCGUCAUCGACAUCGAGCGCACGGCCGCCAUGUCCAGCCUGCAGAAAGCACAGCCACGGGACGACGGCACAUCCAGGAAAACUCGACACAACAGCACCGACCUGCCCAUGUGACCCGACCAGCACUGAUCCAGCAACCCAGUCGGUUUACUCCUUCCAGAAUGCAAGAGUUUAUCUCACGAAAACCUGUCAGGUCACAUUUCACUGUGAAAUCGAAAGAAAUAAAUCAUUUUAUUCCAAAUUUACCCUAUUUUUGUACCUGCAAACUCGGUUCAGACCAUAUUUUUAUAUAUGCGCAUGCUGUAAAUUUGAACAAAAAAUUCUAAAAAAAAAAAAAAAAAAACAAAAAACAAAAAUGGAUCCUUAAAAUCUAAAUAAUCACAUUUAAUCACAUACACACAAAUAUAUAAUAAUGUUCUUUUUAUGCUCACCAAGGCUGCAUUUAUUUGAUCAAAAAUACAGUAAAAAGUUUGAAAUAUUAUUACAAUUUAAAAGAACUGUUUUCUUUUUGAAUAUAUUUUAAAAUGUAAUUUAUUCCUGUGAUUAAAGCUGAAUUUUCAGCAUCAUUACUCCAGUCUUCAGUGUCACAUGAUCCUUCAGAAAUCAUUCUAAUAUGAUGAUUUGCUGCUCAAGAAACAUUCCACAAAAAUAUUAAGCAGCAAAAACUGUCAACAUUGAUAAUAAAAAAAACAUUAUUAAUAUUUGAGCACCAAUGAUAAAUUGUAAUAAUUAAGCACCAAAUUAUUAGGAUGAUUUCUGAAGAAUCAUGUGACACUGAAGACUGGAGUAAUGAUGCUGAAAAUUCAGCUUUGAUCACAGGAAAAAAAAUUAAAUUUUACAAUAUAUUCAAAUAGAAAGCAGUGAUUUUAAAUUGCAAUAAAAUUUCACAAUAUUAUUACCCUUUUCUUAAAUAAUGGUUUAAAGGUUUAUCAUUUCAUAAAACUCUAAAGUUGUUUAAAUCAUCAUUUUUCAGUCAUUUUAUAAUUAAGGAUUGUUAUCAUAGACAUUGAAGUUGUUUCAGAAUUUUCAACUGCUGAUUACAAUUGUUAUUUUUAUUUUAGAAGAAUUUAAAUAAUGUUAAUAAGUGAUCUUCCCCUUCUCACAAACCCGGGUAUGAAUUUAUGGAUGAUAAAUGUGCUUGAAAAUAAUGUCACGCUGCAGAAUAUCAAGCUUCAUUUUCAUUAUGCAAAAUCUAAGUUUGUAUUUCUUUUGAUUCGGGAUGAAAUAUGACCAGGGCGUGACAGGUUUUGUGAGAUUCACUCAGUUUAAGUAUAUGUACUAUAUUGUUUUGUACUUUUCAAGUGUACUGACCUAUCUUCAUACACCCACCGCUCACCAUCUGUGGCGGAAGAACGCAGGUCAGAAACAGGUACAGAUGAGGAAACACUAAAUGGUUUACCAGACCUCAUUCACCAAUGCUGUGAUGUUUUUCUCUCCUUUUCAAAAAUAUCCAAGUGUUCGAGAUACGUCUUUUUUGUGGUUACUUCGUCGAUGUAAGUCACUCAUUUUGCACUUGAGAGCAAUAAAAUAUGCUCACUACGGUAUUCUAGAAUCACAUGGUUCACUGCAGUCACUUUAAACACUCGCUCUCACUCCACAGCCCUUCUGCUAGCGUGAUCCCAAAUGAGAGCGCAAGUGUGCGUGUGUGUUUUUAGCUGUACGCUCACGUCUGUCGACCAAAGACACGCUUCGCUGCCCCGCCGGAUAGACUCCAGUGUGUCUCAGAGCGGCUCUUUUCUAUCUCCCGGCUCUCAGUUGCUAAGAAACUCUGAUAUUUGACGAGUGUUUUUUCCGCUACAGGUGGUUUAAAAGGGUUUUCAGGUGUAGAAUCUGUACAGGUAAUAAUAUUACUGAUGCAUUAUGUAUCGGUGAUUUAUAACGGUAAUGGACAAUAUUACAGUUUAUUUUUAAAUUAUUGGACCAUAUUGGAAGCAGAUAAAAUCAUGGCUUAUUUUUCCCUCAAAUUAAAGCAUGUUUUAAUGUCGGUAACCAAACAGUUGAUGGGCCCCAUUGACUUCCAUAGUAUGAAACAAAUACUAUGGAAGUCAAUGGGGACCAGAAUCUGUUUGGUUAUCAACAUUCUUCAAAAUAUCUUUUUCAUUUUUGGGUGAACUAUCCCUUUAAUGUGCCAAGAUACUCAGUAAACUAUGGAAGCUUGUUUCCACAUGUAAAAAAAAAAAAAAAAAAAAAAAAAGGGUAAUUACAACCUUUUUUUGUCACAAUUGAGAGCUUAUAUCUUCAAAAAAUAUGAAUUGUGAGCUAAAAAAAAAAAAAAAGUAAAAAAAAAAAAUGCAAUUACCUACCAAGUUUGUCACAAUUCUGACUUUUUCCUCCCUCACAAUUCCGUGUUUAUAUCCCACAAUUUUGAGAAAAAAGUCAGAAUUGUGAUUUAUAAAAUCGGAAUUGCGGGAAAUAAAGUUAGAAUUCCAAAUUUAUAUUUCACAAUUCUUUUUUUUCUGAAUUGCAAGAUAUAAACUCGGAAUUGUGAAGGGGAAAAAAAUUCAUAAUUGUGAGUUUUUUUUUUUUUUUUAAUUCAAAUAAAAUUAUAAAUCUUACAAUAAAAUUGUGUAUGUGCAUAAAUAUAUAUAUAUAUAUAUAUAUAUAUAUAUAUAUAUAUAUAUAUAUAUAUAUAUAUAUAUAUAUAUAAAUAUAAAAUUUAUAAUUUUAUAUUUAUAUUUUUUCUUUGACAGAUUACAAUUUUUUUCUAUUAUUGGACAAUAUUGGAAGCGGAUAAAAUCAGGGCUUAUUUAUUUUCCUUUGACAGGUUACAAAUAUUUUUUGGACAAUAUUGGUAUAUAAAAGAUACGAUCAGGGCUUAUUUUGGCCUAAACUUAAUUUUUUUUUCUUAAAAUAAUAAUAAUAAUUUAAAUAUUUACUUAUGACAAAUUACAGUUUUUUUUUUCCCUUCAAUUAUUGACCAAAAUUGGAAGCACAUAAAAUCAGGGCUUAUUUCCCCCCUAAACUUAAACAGGUUUCUUAAAAAAUAAUGAUAAUUCUAUUAUUAUGAUUUUUUUCCCCCACAAAAAUUGGUUGAUAUUGGAAUUGGUUGAUAUUGGUUGAUAUUGGAACUUAUAUAUAUGAUGUUACACAUUAAAAUAUCAAAUUUUACACACAAAAACAUUAAAGGUGUAAUGUGUAAAUUUUAGAGGAUCUAUUGACAGAAAUGCAAUAUAAUAUACAUAACUAUGUUUUCAGUGGUGUAUAAAGACCUUGCAUAAUAAACCGUUCUGUUUUUAUUACCUUUAGAAUGAACCAUUUCUAUCUCAUACACCGCGGGUCCCCUUACAUGGAAGUUGCCAUUUUGCACCGCCAUGUUUCUACAGUAGCCCUAAAUGGACAAACUGCUCUACAGAGUGUGUUUGCUUGACUGGCUACUCUCCGCUGUCUCAUCUUUGUCCUGUGUUGGCCACCGUAGCUUCUCUAUAUUGCAAUUUGCAACCUCACCGCUAGAUGCCAUUAAUAUUUACACACUGCACCUUUAAAAUGUUACGAUUAGAGGUUCAAUGUAAUUUUUUUUAAACAUCAAACCAAAAAAAACUACAUUCAUAAUAUAAAAACAAGCAUCAGAGAAAUUGAAUCAGUGCAUCCCUAUCAAACCUAUCAAACACUCCAAUGUAUGAUGAGUAUUGGCAUGAGAUUCGAGUGAGACGUCUUUUUUCUUAUAGUAUUUCACAAACACAUCAGUGUAGUAAAUCAUGCAGUGUGGUCGAUCAUAACACUUUAGGCGGUCUCGUGCGUCACGCUGUUUUCAGAAGGACCUGGAGGAUUGUGCGGUGCUGCAAAUGUGUGUCUUAGCGGCAAAUGUGAUUGUAUCGCUCGUCUGAAUGCACUCGAAUGUUUCCAAACAAAAGACAAAUCUGUUUACGGCGAGUGGAGGACUGACAGACGGUUUUGUAAAGUUUCUAUUGUAAAGUUUAUUGCAUUAUUAUCAUGUUAUUUUCUACCUUUUUGAGAGAGUGUGCAAAUAUAGGAACGUCCACAUGUACAAAAUGACAUUCAGUAGUGCUAAUGAAAUAACUGUAAAAAUCAAGAUCAUUUGCCAAAUCUGAGGAACUGAAUGACUGUCGGGAUCUUUCAGGAAAGAUGCAUUAUGUGUGUGUGUGUGUGUGUGUGUGUGUGUGUGUGUGUGUGUGUGUGAGGUUACAUUCCUAUACGAGUAUUUCACAAUUACGGACGUUGUACUGAAACUAGUUUUGAUAUUUGCAUUUGAUAUAUUGGGUAUUGAUAUCAGUUUAGUAAAAUGUUUGUUUGUUUUUUAAAAAUUACUUGCUUAAAAACUUAGUUACUUAAAAAUUACAACCUUUACUUUGCCAUCAGUGCCAACUCUAUUUUUGUAGCAUGGCAAAAAAUCAUUAAAAAAAAAUCCAAAUGAAA